AUGUCAAAUUGGGAUAGACUAAUUAGAUUCGUCGCAAAAGACGGAAAAAUUUAUAGAGGUGAACCAAUUGUCUCAGAAUCCUCAUAUGAUAUUGGGAAAGACUUUGCUAAUGGAAAAUCCAUCAAAGCUAAAGUCGUUAUUGGAAAUAUUUUUUCAGAUGCAAAAGUGUCUGAUGAAAUAUUAGAAGUUAAAGAAUUGUUAGGACCUCUUUCUUAUGAAGAUGUCCCUAUUGUUAAAUGCGUUGGAAUGAAUUAUAUGAAACAUAUCCAAGAAGGUAGCUUACCUCCACCACCAAAACCUCAAAUUUUCUAUAAGCCACGUACCAGUGUUGCAGAUCACAAUGAAGCUAUUGCUAUCCCUAAGAUUGCUCAAGAAAAUCAAUGUGAUUAUGAAGGUGAAUUUUGUGUGGUUAUUGGAAAAACAGGCAAGGAUAUCAAGGAAGAGGAUGCUUUGAAUUAUGUUGCAGGUUAUGUAGUCGGUGACGACGUAUCUGCUCGUACAUGGCAGUACCACCCGGAUUAUGCAGGUAAUAUUCCACAAUGGUGUUACUCAAAGAGUUUUGAUAGAUAUGCACCAUUAGGACCUGCCCUUGUUUCGACGAGAGUUAUUAAGGAUCCACAUACACUUCAACUUCAGACUAGGAUUAAUGGUGAACUUCGUCAAGACGCAAACACCGAUGAUCUCUUAUUCAACGUUCAAAAGAUCAUUUCCUUUUUAAGUCAGGGCACAACAUUGGAACAAGGGACUGUAAUUAUGACAGGCACUCCAAGUGGUGUAGGUGCUGUAAGUGGAAGGUACUUAAAAGACGGGGAUCUUGUUGAAAUUUCUAUUGAACAAAUCGGUACCCUUUCUCAUAAAAUCCAUUUUAUUUAG